AAUUCUUCAUUUCUUCCAGGAAAAAAAAAACCAUACCGAUUUCGCCAAUCUCAUCUUCUGUAGAUGAUUAAUUCAUAGAUAUGUUAUCAUCUUCGUCGUCGAGUUCGAUGAUUCGUCGUGUUGUUCCCUUCUUCACCACCCGGAUUCGUCAAAAUUACCGACUUUUGAAUUCCUCAGCUUCUGCUCUAUCACAGCCCCAAUCUCAAUCUCAAUCUCAAGUCGAAGCUACAGAUUCCGUUGUAAUGACUGAGAACUGCGUUCGUAGGAUUAAAGAGUUGCAAGCUGGCGAACAUAAAGAGAAGAUGCUUCGUUUGAGUGUUGAAGCUGGCGGUUGUUCCGGGUUUCAAUAUGAAUUCUCUCUAGAUGAUAAGACCAAUUCGGAUGACAGAAUUUUUGAGCAUGACGGAGUUAAAUUGGUUGUGGAUAAUGUAUCAUUCGAUUUUGUCAAAGGUGCAACUGUUGAUUAUGUUGAGGAGCUGAUCCGCUCUGCUUUUCAGGUAUCUACCAAUCCAAGUGCAGUGGGUGGGUGCAGUUGUAAAAGUUCCUUCAUGGUGAAACAGUAAUUUGACACUUCUGUAGCAUUCAGCCCAGAAAAUCAGCAUUCCUCUAAGCUGGAUGUGGUUUACUGCAAGGCCUAACCACUUUAUUAUGUUAGUCAAUCUGGUGUAUCUAUUCAUCACAUUCUUCUACCGUUAAGGUAGCAAGACCUGCAUUAUGAGAAUUUAUACUUGUGAGGCGAUAGAUUCUUUAUUUGUACAUGCCAUUUUUUUGCCUUGCUGGGGCUAGUUGGAAGUGCAGAAUCUGGCUGUUAAAUUAGGCAGGUGGGUAGGCUGUUGUAUUGUAGGCAAUAAUUCCAGUUGAAGAUAUGGUUAGUUUUGGCUGGAGACAUUGUACAAGGAAUUUUG